AUGCACCGCUCAUUCGGGGGUGGCAGUAGAGGAAUGGGCGGUGGCAGUGGAGGAGGCGGAAUGCUAAGAACCGUCCAAAGGGCCGUCAGGGCUGGCGUCGCCGGUUCACAACCGGAGCCCUUUUCACACGCCAGUAGUAAUAAUACUAGCACCGGUGCAAAUACUCCAAGAAAUACAAAACAAUCUUACAAGAAAAAACAGUCUGGUUUUACUCUUUCUUCCGGGAAUAAUAGUAAUGUUUCUUCUACUUUUUCAUCUCUUGUCAAUCUUCCUGUAUCUGCUACACCUAAUGCUGCAACUGCUGUUUGGGGUUCUUGUUCUUCUUCUACCUGGAACGAUGAAUCUGAGUGGGAGUGUGUGGAUUCAACUGAAGAUGAACAAGGGCAUGUUUUUAUUGAUGAUUUUGUCUUUGGAACUGUUCCAUCUAGAGAUGAAGUGCAACAUGCAGUAUCUGCUCUUCAACAGGUUUUUAGCCCGGCAUUCUUUUCGAGUUUUGGAAAGGAAAAACUUGAUCAAGAUGUAGAAAAGGAUGAGGAUAACAGUCCAAUAGGAUAUAAGCAGAAACUUUCUUCAGCCGACUCUGGGUUGGAUUGGGUUGAGCCCUCAUUGCAUCUCUUUGAUUCAAGAACGUUGCAGCCUCACGGAGCUGACCGAGUUUACAACGCCUUCCAUUUAUUGCAAACAGAACCUUCUGUUCAGAAAAUGGUCAUUUCCUUAUCAUCUGACAAGGCUGUUUGGGAUGCUGUAUUGAACAAUGAGGUUGUUCAGAAGCUCAGAGGGUCGCUCUUUAAAGAACCCGCUGAUAAGAAUCCGAGAGAAACUUCACCUGAGGGUUCUGAUGAUUCCAAUCCUGCUAAGGACAUACUGAAUUGGAUUUUCAUGAACACUAAAGCAAAAAUCAUGCAACUGAUUGACAAGAUCACCGAGCUUGUGAACGAGUUGUUUGAGCCUCGAGAAAGGGAGAAGUCGAGGGAGUUGACUAAUCCUUUGGAGGAAAUGCUGAAAACUUCUUUUUUCCUUUCAAUUAUGGUCCUGUUAGUAGUGGUCAUGACUCGAACACAGAGUUCAUGA